AUGAUUCUGACGACAUUAAAGGGCAUUGGGAAGCAGCUUCUGCGAGUUAAGGUUGUGGACUGUAAUGCUGACGAAUCCCACUUUUGUCGAUGCCUCAACACAUUCGACCUGGUUGCCCUGGGUGUUGGCAGUACUCUGGGCGCUGGUGUCUACGUGCUGGCUGGCGCUGUGGCCAGAGAAAGUUCUGGACCAGCCAUCGUCCUCUCCUUCCUCAUUGCUGCCCUCGCUUCUGUCCUGGCCGGUCUGUGCUAUGCCGAGUUCGGAGCUCGUGUCCCCAAAACAGGCUCUGCUUACCUCUAUAGUUAUGUGACAGUUGGAGAGCUGUGGGCCUUUAUCACCGGCUGGAACCUCAUCCUCUCUUAUAUCAUCGGAACUUCAAGUGUGGCCAGAGCAUGGAGUGCAACCUUUGAUGAGCUGAUUGGAAAGCACAUUGAAGUGUUCUGCAGACAAUACAUGACCAUGAAUGCCCCUGGCUUCCUGGCAGAGUAUCCAGACAUAUUUGCUGUCUUCAUCAUACUCACUUUGACAGGUCUGCUUUCAUUUGGAGUGAAGGAGUCAGCCUUAGUAAAUAAAGUGUUCACCUGCAUUAAUGUACUGGUGCUGCUGUUUGUGGUCAUCGGGGGCUUCAUCAAAGGAAACCUGAAAAACUGGGACGUGAACCCUGGAGAAAUCCUUAAUGUCACCAGCAACUCUAGCCUGAAUGUGUCCACUCCCUUACCAUCAAAGGAAAGUCUUGGUGAAGGCGGUUUCAUGCCUUUUGGCUUUUCUGGAGUCCUCUCUGGUGCUGCCACCUGUUUUUAUGCCUUCGUAGGGUUUGAUUGCAUCGCCACCACAGGAGAAGAAGUGAAGAAUCCCCAGAGGGCUAUUCCUAUAGGGAUUGUGGCAUCGCUGCUUAUCUGCUUUGUGGCAUACUUUGGUGUGUCUGCAGCCCUCACCGUGAUGAUGCCUUACUACAUGCUAGACAAGAACAGCCCUCUCCCAGUGGCCUUUAAGUAUGUGGGCUGGGAGGGAGCCACUUACGCAGUGGCCCUUGGCUCUUUGUGUGCCUUGUCGACCAGUUUACUAGGCUCCAUGUUCCCAAUGCCGAGAGUGGUCUGGGCUAUGGCAGAAGAUGGCCUGCUCUUCAAAUGUUUGGCUAAAAUCAGUCCACGAACCAAAACCCCUUUAACAGCAACACUAGCAUCAGGUGUUGUGGCAGCGGUGAUGGCUUUCCUGUUUGACUUGAAGGACCUUGUUGACCUCAUGUCUAUCGGCACUUUGCUGGCUUACACUCUGGUGGCUGCCUGUGUGCUGGUCCUCAGGUACCAGCCUGAACUAUCCAGUGCAGCCUAUGAGAUGGCCAACACUCAGGAUGAACCUGAAAUUGGCGAGUCCUAUAAUGAAGGGAAAAUUGACAUGUUACCGCAGCCAGAGGAUCACUUCACCAUGAAGAACCUCCUUUUCCCUUCGAACACAGAACCGUCCCCUCUGUCUGGUUUUGCUGUUAGCAUUUGCACCAGUAUACUUGGUAUUUUGGUGUGUCUCUUCAGUGUUGUAGCUGUCCAAGGAGGGUUUGCACCCUGGUCGGUGUCUGUCCUCACUAUUCUCAUGGUGGUCUGUCUAAUUGUCACCUUCAUUGUGUCGAGGCAGCCACAGAGCAAGGCAAAGCUUGCCUUCAAGGUUCCCCUGCUGCCAUUUAUCCCAGUCAUCAGUAUGUUCAUCAAUGUGUACCUGAUGAUGCAACUGGACAGAGGAACAUGGAUGCGCUUUGCCAUCUGGAUGGUCAUAGGUUUAGUUAUCUACUUUGGAUAUGGUAUUCGCAACAGUGCAGAGGCAUCGUUGACCAGGUCUGAUACCUUCGUUCCAGCCUGCACAAUUAAGGGAGAGCCCAUGGCCACAGAGAAGGAAGCCUUCCUGCACAACACUAACACCAACGGAGAUGAUGAUGAUUCCUGAGGAAAUGGGAGGUCCACUAAUCUUCUCUGGUUCUGUUCUUCAUAUAAACAUUCACAUCUGUUAAAUUAUCUGAAUUAGCUGCUAAACCAUUUGAUAUGGAGAUUCUAUCACCCUUCUAAUCAGAACUUUGAGUUGUUAAUUGUUUGGUUGUAAAUGUAACCAAAAAUGUUGUCUAGGAUGCAAAAAGGCGAAUUAGAGCUUCAGCAAAAAGCUUUUUACAAAGAAUCUCUUUACUCCUGAAAGAUUUUUUCUCUUUCAAGGUAGUUUCUUUUGCACUUUGGUAUGAUCAAUUUCCUCUAACACAGUGAAAUCCCAAAGGCAACGCACAAAUAGUUUUAACAAAGUUGAAGUUUUAUUAAGGCAUCUGUUUAUUAUUCACCUUCUAAACUUUUUUCAGGUAGUUCUCAGUUUAUCAGAAUGAUGACCCCAUUGCAAUAACAUUUGACCAACUUAUUUUUAAUGGGAGUUUAGUAUUUGUUACUACUUUUCUACGCCAUUGUAAAAGACAGAACCAUUGCAUAAAAAAAAGUUUAAGUCUCAUCAAGUUUGCCAACAUUUAGCAAAUGUUUUGGUCAGUUUGUAACGUACCUUCGUGUGGUAGAAGGCACAGUGCUGGCUACUGUGUCCCUAACCCUAACCCA